AUAACAACACAUAGCUGCACCAUCAUUUGGUUUAUUGCAGGUUAUUACGAAAUGCUUUUUGCAGUUUAUCACAAUACCAACAUAGAAGAAGUUACUGGUCUGCUGCUGCUUUAUCCGAGCUGUAUUAUUCAUGUGCUGGAGUCCUCUUCAGAGGUACUUUACAGUCUACUGAAUGAUCUCAGUAAUAUGCAAAAAAGAGCUGAUUCUCUUCUCCAGGAUGCCAAGAUUCUUGUGAUGUCACAUGACAUUCCCAUGAGGAUGUUCCAAGUGUGGAGUUACCGCUCCUUAAAUAAUAUAACUUUAACCUCGCAAGAAGCCACCGAGCAGAAACAACCUGUGGAGAACCUGGUCCCAGAAUGCCUCCCUCUUUUGUAUAAACUCUGUGUUCACUGUCUUAAGUCUUCAAAGGUACUGUGAUAUAACAACAUUUUUUAUAUUAAAAAAAAGUUGCAGAGGUAGGGUUACCAUAAGACUCCAUGUACACAAGGACAGUUCAGGCUUUUCAACUCACAUCUCAAUGCAUUCUGUUUCAGGUACAUUUGACAGCAGGACUGCACUUACCAGAAUGCAUUGGGGUGUUGAAAAGCCUGAACUGUUCUAGUGUAACUAGAGUCAUCUGGUAACCCUAAAAAGUAAAUGAAAUGUAUUUUCACUUUAUUCUCACCUAUGAUUUUCUUCCACCUACAGCACAUAAAACGGAUGUCUUGUAAUGUGAGAGUAGACUUAAAUAGAUACUGACAGAUCCAGUAUAAAGUAAGCUGCAGGAAACUCACUUUAGCACAAGACAGAAAUAACAUACUUCAAAUACUGUUAAUUAAAUAUAUAACUGCCCUACUUAUUUAAUUUUAACAAUUCAAAAAAUGCACAACUUUUCCUAAUCCAAAAUAUGGUUAUUAUUAAACACUUUUUAGUUAUUUAUUUAUUUUAUUUCUCACCAUCAAUAUCGGAACUAAGGGAGUCGGCGAUAACUUUCAAGAGCAAUUCCUUGUUAUAGAGGAGGACAACAUCCUGUACCUGUGCAUAAGCAAUGUACUGCACUCUCCAGAACAGUUUCUGCAGACUUACAGCAGACCUUUCAGUGUUAUCAUGGAUUCAGGUAAGAAACAAAAAGAAAAUGUGGAAAACAAACUCAAAUCAAGAAAUACGCUCUGCCACUGUGGUAGUCAUCUAGAUAACAUAUGCUGUAGUGUUGCAAUUUAGUUAACAAUUCAAAAUAUGUUCUACAUACUGUAUUUAUUUAUAUAUAUUUUAUUUUCUAGAGAUUGUCUGGCCAACCCAAAGUCAUCUGUACAUGUGACAUCUCGUUUUUGGCACUGUGAAGUCCUUCAUUUGAUUGUGUCUGCAAUAUUUUGAAUCUUCAAAUAAAUACACUGGUAGUUGCAAAUCCUAUUUAUAUUCUUUGUUGCUUUCUUAAAUGAGUAUCUUACAAAACUAG